AACAUGCGUCACACUUUAAAGUAAUAAACACUUAGACAGAGCGAUUGUAUAUGGAAUGUUUUCAAAUGAGAAAUGAGAUUUAGGUUUUGAGUUCACAGACAUCUGAGUGUUUAAUUCUGCUAAAUGAUGACAGCGCCUGGCGGAAGGAUAACGUCAUGUGAUCGCUCUCCCGCCUCACGCCGUGUACUGGAGGACAGCAUGAGCUUGCGCCUUGUCAUUCUACUGACCUUCACAUUGACAGAUUCCAAACCGACAGACUCAACAACGUAUGAUCGCAAUAAAGUCACGUGUUUUAAGUGUCCACGUGGAACUCGUGUGUCCCGCCACUGCACCAAGUCCUUCGCUCGUUCCAACUGCACGACGUGUGAACCCGGCACCUUUCAAUCCCAGGCCGUCACGCAGCUGGAGAAAUGCGGGCAGUGCGACAACGCCUGCCAAGACCACAACGCCAUCGUUGUCGACGAGUGCUCACCUGAACACAACCUCCGCUGUCAGUGUCGGGACGGCUACUACAACGCCCACCAUGGUCAAGGGGUCAUGGCGUGUGUCCGGCAUACCGUGUGUCCGCAAGGACAGGUGAUUGUAGUGAAGGGUGAUCCUCAGCGGGAUGUGAAGUGUGAAUGGUGUCCGUCUGGUCAUUUCUACAACGCCAGCGCUGACCGUUGCAACAUGUGCUCUGUUUGCGGUGGUUACAACCAAGCUGUGCUAAAUAUAUGCACCAAGACCAACGAUACUGUCUGUGGCGAACACGAUGUACAUGUAAUGACAAAUAUCUUGUACACUUCAGUGACACCAACAGCGCCCUCUACUGGUGUCCCGAAUGUCGUGAUCGCAGUGUCGGCAGUGGUGGGUCUUGUGGUCGUUGCUGUGUCGGUAACUGCUUUGUGCUGUUACUACUGCCACAAGACGAGGACAAGAGAACGGAGCCAGUCACAUGAACGAAAGAAACUUUUGGAUCUCCCGGACAUCAGCGCCGAAAUAUGGGCGAUGGAUAUAUUUUUUUACAUGAAAAAUAAACUCCGGAACUGGGAAGACUUUCUUCGCUGCCUUCCACACGGAAAUCGAGAAUUCGAAGCUGACGUAGAAAUGGAUAGAAACACAGAGAGAAGAUCUGAUCAGAAGAUUUAUGAUAUUCUAUUGAUUUGGUACAAAGCAUGCUUCAACGACGUUACUAUUGGCAACAUCGUGGAGGCCCUGACAAAAUCGAACAACACAAAUCUUAUUGACGGUGUAAUUAAAGAAUAUGAAACAAUAAACAAUAGUCAUGAAUCUGUUAAAGAAGAUGGCGCUAGUUCGGCAGGUGAGAACGAGGCUGCCAUUGCCGCAGGUUAUCAAACACCGUUGGUGGUAACACCGGACAGGUACGAGGCAGACGGAUAUUCUCAUACAACAGACGGUGCAUGUGUCACGGUGAUCGCCGAGCAUCAGACACGUGUGAGGGAAAUAGAUUCAGUGGAUGAAGACCGCACAUCAACCAUUCUGUCGUCACCCAAACGUGAGCCGGGAAGCAGAAUUGACGCCAUCAGCAGGAACCAGACUGAUCACGAACUAACACAAGUGUUGCUGGAUCUCAGUGAAAGACAUCAGACUCGUGUAAAAGUAAUUUAGAGUGUCAUUGGAUGCCAGGUAGCGGUUGUACAAAACAAGCUCAGCGCCACGACUGUCGUAAGUCUAUGUUAGGUAUGGGAGUUACGAUCACCUUAGCGCUAAGAUCGCUUUGUAC